CUUGAGAAAGAAAGAAAGAAAGAAAGAAAGAAAUGACCCAAGAGAAGAAACAUGACCUCAUAAAAUUAGUAGUAUCUUCUCAGUGAAACUCAUUAACUAUUUUAAAUGGUCAGUUCACGCAAGCAAUAACCACGCGUCUCUGCUACUUAGCACAUCCAAUAUAUCUCUCGUGAAGCAACAACUUGCUUCUCCCACCGCCAUGACUACAACCACAGAUAGCGGCGACAAAACGCAAACGCAAACGCAGACCCACAAGAAACAAGUGAGAAGACGGCUCCAGACGAACCGUCCUUACCAAGAACGUCUCCUUAACAUGGCCGAAGCUCGUCGAGAAAUCGUCACCGCCUUAAAACAACACCGCGCUUCCAUGAGACAAGCCGCCAAGAUUCCACCGCCGCAUGUUCCUUUUUCUGUGCCGCCGCCUCCACCUCCUCCUCUGGAUCCAUUUUCUUGGUCGAGUUCUCAUCUCAACUCCCUCCUCCCCAACCAACCAUUAGGGUUAAACCUCAACUUCCACGACUUCGAAGACUACUUCCAAACCUCGUCUUCAUCAUCAUCAACGUCCUCAAAUUCAUCAUCUUCGUCAUCCUCAGCAAUAUAUCCGACGACGAACCCACAAAUAUACUCCACCCCUUCGCCUCCCCUCCACACCUUCGCCGCCACAUCUGAAUCGAUUCCUCACCAACCGCCAAAGCAGCUUAUGGAACGGGAGAACAAAGUGGUGACGUCAGCUUGGUGGUCAGAGCUCAUGAUGCAGUCGGUGGAAGAUGACGUGUUCCCGAAGUUAAGUGACGUGAUGGAGUUUCCUUCGUGGUUAAAUUCAACAGAGGAAGAAGAAUUGUUUCAUCCUUACAAUCUCACCCAUUAUUCAUCCCCUCACAAUCUUCCAUUGUCCUGUAUGGAGUUUGGAGAUAUUGAGGGCAUUGAUGGAGACGAUUGGCUUGCUUGAACCACAAAGGUUGAUUACUGUUUUUUUUUUUUCAAACAUGAUGAAUCAACUCUUUGGUUCUUUUCUUAUUUCUUAUUUAUUUAUUUGCUUUCCUUUUAUUUUAUUUAUUUUCGUUUGGAGACAGAAGAAAGACAUUUUGAAUCUUUAAGAUUACCAAUAAGCCUGCGGAGAGAAAUGUUCUGUUUGGCAAAAGUCAA